AUGCUACCUAAGCCCCCUUCUCAUUACCAAUACGAUCAGUUCACUUGUAAUGCUUGUCGCGAGAAUGGGUCUGGGUUUGUAUACAAUUGUGCCAAGUGUUCGUUUGAUCUUCAUGUUGAUUCUGCUGCAUUGCCCGAAACUGUUAUUCGAAAGGAUUAUGCGGAUCCCCUGAAGCUACUUUACUCUAAUCCUUUUCGAAACACAGAGUUCAUAUUUACAUGCAAUGUGUGUGGAGCUUCGGUAGACGAAAAUGCUUGGGUUUAUUAUUGUCGUGAAUGUGAUUUCGGCACGAAUGUCGAAUGCGCUUACGCUGAAGCUCAACGAGGAGCUGAGGAAACUGAAGAAGAAUCAUUCCGUACUCUUGCGGAAGCCCAAGAAGCACUUCGAAUAAGGGCGGAAGUUAGGGAGUUUGCCCUUAAUGAAAUUUGGGAUGAUAGAAAAAAAGUAUACAAAUACAGGUACAUAUAA